AUGGGCGGGGUCCUGGCGGAGGGAGGGGCAGACUUGGGCUACCGGGUGUGCCAGCCAAGCCCUGCACAGCGGAGGUGGCAGUGGUGGCCCUCGCCUGUGGUCCCCGUCCUACUUGCGUUCGACCUCGCCGCCAUGGAGGGACCCCAUGAACACCUGAGUGGGAAGCUCCGGCUCUGCUUCUCCCCUGCUGCCCGGACCAGCUUCUUACUGCUUAGGCUCAACGAUGCGGCGCUGAGGGCGCUGCAAGAGUGUCAGCGGCAACAGGUGCGGCUGGCCGCCGGCCCCUUCUUCCCUAGUCCCUACCCCUUGGGACUUUGGGCCUCAGCCGGCGACCCUGGAGAAGGGACCCGGGGAGGGGGAAUGGUAUCCGCAGGCUCUGGCUUCUCCACCUCUCCAAAUGAAGCCUGUCAGGUACGGCCAGUGAUCGCUUUCCAAGGCCACAGAGGGGUAAGUGCGGAGCCGGUGUGUGUAAACGAGUAUCUGAGGCUCCCAGGACCUGGCUGGUCCUGCCUCUUCUCCUUCAUAGUGUCCGAGUGUGGCCAUGAGGGCGCUGGUGGUGGCUUGGACCUUGUGUGUCAACGCUUAGGCAGAUCUGGGCCUAAUCGCCUCCACUGCCUGGGCCCACUCAGGAAACGCCUGACUAUUUGGGCAGCCAUGGAUUCCAUCCCAGCCCCAUCAUCAGUUCAAGGAUACAACCCAACUGAAGAUGCCAGAGAUCCUGAGAGUUGGCAGAACACAGAUUAUUCUGAAGGAGAUACAGGAUCACAGCCUCAGAUGGCCUUAGAAGAGGUGCCAGAUCCAUUGGCAAGCAAACAAGGACAGUCACUUCCAGGAUCCUCAAGGGAGCACAUGGCACAGUGGGAAGUGAGGAACCAGACCUAUCUUCCAAACAGAGAGCCUGAUCAGGCACUGCCUUCACCUGCCAGCCAGAAACGUUUAGAUAAGAAACGUCCAGCAUCUGCAGCUACUAUAGAACUAGAAGAAAAGAGGUUCAGAGCUCUGCCUCUAGCUCCAAGUCCCCUACAAGGGCUGCCCCAUCAGGACUUACGAGAGGGGGAAGACUGGGAACAAGGAGAUAAUGAUGAAGACUUAGACCCCAGGCUGGAGCACAGUCCCUCAGUCCAAGCAGACUCUGAAUCCCCAAGCCCUGAAGAGGUACCAGAUUACCUCCUGCAAUAUAGGGCCAUCCACAGUGCAGAGCAGCAACAUGCCUAUGAGCAGGACUUUGAGACAGAUUAUGCUGAAUACCGCAUCCUGCAUGCCCGUGUCGGGGCUGCAAGCCAAAGGUUCAUAGAGUUGGGAGCAGAGAUCAAGAGAGUUCAGCGAGGAACUCCAGAACACAAGAUAGUCCAGGAAUAUAAAAAGUUCAGGAAGCGGUACCCAAGUUACAGGGAAGAAAAGCGUCGCUGUGAGUACCUCCAUCAGAAAUUAUCCCACAUUAAAGGUCUCAUCCUGGAGUUUGAAGAAAAGAACAGUGGCAGCUGAAGCUCUGGAGAGGGCUCUUGACCCUCUGCCCAGUGAGAUGUGAAGGAACAAAGCAGCUAUAAACUGGAGUGCAACUAUCUGCUUUUCUUCUGCUGACCACUAGAGUCCAUGGUGGCAAGUGGAAAGCUGCUCUAGGUUUUUGAGGUUUGAUUUUCAUUGUUGCCAUGUUUUAAUUUCUAGGGUGUAGGCAUAGUUCCAAGACUCCACAGCUGUGCCCAAGAGACUAGGAAAAGUAGUAGAGGCUUGGCUUCUUCACCUUUUAGUUCAACCAAGUCAUUUUCAAAUCCUGAAAAGGAUAUUUCCAGGACAAAAUAUCCUGAAGACAUUAGACAAACUGAAUAAGUGAAUUUAACUGGUAGCCUCCCUAGCGAAACAAUGAGAACUUUUGGUAAAGGAGCUAAAGGAACUUGUAGCACACCUGGAUAUAAUG